AGAGCACUUGGUAUUAGUUCCUGGUUCACUCAAUCUAAACACAUCUAUCCUCUUCUCCAGGCAUUACUUUACGUCUUGCCACUCAAACACCCACCCAAUCACUCGACUCUCCGUUCCAUUUACUCUUUACACAGUUUGAGCUAUCUGCUAAAUCCGACAUGGCUCCCGGUCUUAUUGAGCAAGCUUCUCACACCCUAUCAACGGGGAAAUCUUACCCCAAGUCUAAGAAUGCUCCUGUCAAAUAUAUGCCUGGUCGCACCAUCGUCGAGUCACAUAAUGAGACAUACGAAUUUGAGUACCUCCAGCCUCGCUUCCCGGAUGUCCACUGGCCUGCUCUGACAGAGAUACCCUACUAUGACAAGGGCCUUGACGGUGAUCCAGAAUUUAAAAAUCUUCUAAGCUCAGCGACGGAUGUCUUUGACUACAACCCAAAAAUCGGCACGGAAAUCCACGGUCUUGACCUUGCCAACCUCACCGAUGCUCAGAAGAAUGACCUUGCCCGCUUGAUUGCGACACGUGGGGUUGUAUUCUUCCGUGAUCAGAAGAACUUCGACAUCAACGCCCAGCGUGAGCUUGGGAGAUACUUCGGAACCCUUCAUAAACAUGCGACUACCUCUACACCUAAGCAAGAAGGUCUUGAGGAUGUACAUGUUGUAUUCGCUGGCGAGAACUCCCCUGACCUUCGAGCUCUGUUCACACCCAGCUUCCUGUGGCACUCGGAUGUGACGUAUGAGAUUCAGCCGCCAUCGUACACUUCGCUCAAGGUCCUCACUGGCCCACCACAAGGCGGAGGAGGCGAUACUCUCUGGUCUUCUCAAUAUGCCGCUUACGACCAACUCUCCCAACCAAUGCAGAAGUAUCUUGAGGGCCUCAGUGCGCUUCAUUCUGCUGAGAUGCAAGCCGAGGGCUCUCGUAAGCUUGGUCGCACUGUUCGACGCGAGCCAGUUGUGACUGAGCAUCCUCUGGUCCGCACGAAUCCCGUCACCGGAUGGAAGUCGCUUUUCUUCAACCCAGGUUUCGUGACGAAGAUUGUCGGGGUGCCGAAGACUGAGAGUGAUCACAUCAUCUCGUACCUUAACGAAGUUGUUUCCACAUCUCCAGAGCUGCAUGUGAGGUUUCAAUGGAACAAAGGUGACGUUGCGUUUUGGGACAACCGUGUCAGCAAUCACUCGGCUUCUUACGGGUUUGCACCACAUCGCCGACAUGCUGUUCGUGUAUGCUGUCAAGCGGAACGUCCCUACCUAGAUCCGAACAGCAAGUCUCAGGAGGAGGAUCUCCAUGAGCGCUAUGGGAUUCCCAAGGCGAAUAAGGACGGCUCGGGCAUCGUAAACUACAACGACUAGACUAGCCUUCAGUCUCAUGGCUUAUCACUCAAAUCUUGCUGUCUUUGGAAGCUAGUAUCCCCCGAAAGGGCCCAUAGAGGUAUCUUAUCGGCCUGUUAUCUUGAGUUCUAGCGAAUGUUUUCAACCUCACACAAGUGAAGGUGAAUACCCCUUACCUUCAAUGUAUCUCACACUACGGCAUGUGGGUGAUAUGGGAGGCACUUACAAGCUUUAGAAAUGAUCAAAGUCCAACAAGAUGGUUGAUGC